AUGAGUUUGAAUGGGUUUCACAUGCCUCACACUGUAAGUGUGUCUGUUAAAUACUAUAAUUUAUUAGGUGUGUUUGUGUCCACAGCCUCUCACUCUCUGAAGUACAUCUACACUGUUGUCACUGGGGAUACUGACUCCCCAGAGUUCAUCAUCACGGGUUUGGUGAAUGAUGAGCAGUUUGUGCACUAUGACAGCAACAUCAGGAGGAUGAUCCCCAAGACUGAGUGGAUGGAAAUAUCAGUGGACAAGCAGUACUGGGACAAACAGACUCAGAAAGCACUCUAUGCACAUCAGAUCUUCAAAGACAAUAUUGGAAUUGCAAUGCAGCAUUUCAGGUCAACUCAGGGUGUGCACGUUCUCCAGUGGAUUGUUGGCUGUCAGUGGAAUGAUGAGACCGGGGACACAGGAGGGAUUGAACGUUAUGUAUACAACGGGAAACACUUCCUCACUGAUGACAUGAAAACCUGGCAUUUCAUUCCACCUGCACGACAGCUGUUUAUCAGUGCAGUGAAAUGGAAUCCAGCUGUGCUUGAGAAUGACAAGCAGUUCCAGACCCAGAUCUGCAUUGAGUCACUGAAGAAGUAUGUGAGCUACAGGAGCACUCUGGAGAGGACAGGUACAACACAACUCUGCUGCUCAGACUAUUCAGGAAAAGCACAUUACAGAAGAGUGCCUGUGUCACAUAGCUUCAAUCCUGACAAUAAUCCUGAAGGCAGCAGCCCCCUCAUGGGCGUCAUCAUCGGCUGUGUGCUGGCCGUUCUCAUCCUCGCCCUCGCUGUCAUUGGUGUCGUCAUUUGGAAUAGAAGCUCAGGUGAGAGUCACUGACACACAGAGAUACUGACACACUGAGGCUGAGUUACAGACACAGACACAGACCCACCGACACACCUUAACUCUGAGAGGCACCAGCACAGUGACAUAAUAAAGCUGGAAACAUUUCACAGAGUUUAAUAGUUUCACUGUGACAGUCAGACAUGCUGUGUGUAUGAUUCUAACUCUCUGUGUCUCAGUUCCAGACUAUGAGAUGACUAGAAGUGAGUAUAUUUACUCCUAUUCUUCACUCAAUUCUUAUGAAUGUCAUUAUAAUCAAGUACAGAUGCCCAGGGUUCAGACUGUAAUUACUCCUGUUUAUAUUUCUGCUGUGUUGCAGUGCUGUUCCUUGUCUGUGUGUGUGCGCGCGUACGCGUGCGUGUUUGGCUGAAUGUCUGUAUCUUCAUCAGUUCUGGAAUCCUGAUAUAGUUUUUAAUUGGCUGAAAUGCAUGUUACUGAGGUAACAUUAAAUAAAACGUGUACAUUAAUUCAACUCUCGACAUGCAUAGAAUAAUUGAGUCAGUCAUAGUGAGUUGGUCGGUUGUAGAAUGAGAUUAAACAUGUAAAAUGACUGAGUGUGUGAUAUGAGUCUGAGUGUGUGAUAUGAUCUGAGUGUGUGAUAUGAGCUGAGUGUGUGAUAUGAGUCUGAGUGUGUGAUAUGAGUCUGAGUGUGUGAUAUGAGUCUGAGUGUGUGAUAUGAGUCUGAGUGUGUGAAAUGAGCCUGCAUGUGUGAUAUGAGCUGAGUGUUAUAUAAGCUACCCUGAGCUCUGCUGAACUGGGGUUCUGACUGAGUUUUUCAUUGAAUCCUUUGACCCAGAUUCCCCGAGCUCAAACAACAUCCGGCCACAGUCAGAUUCAGCGAACUCCUUCCCAACCUGCAGCCCCUGACACUGAUUUAGUGAACUCCAACCAACCUGCAGUCUAUACCUCACUGGCCUUUCCUGCAGCUCUUGGAGUUCUGGCUCCACAGGGAGUCCUAGCUACAAUGAAGCAAAUCAAAAUGCCUUAUAGAGCAUACGUGUGUAUGUGUGUAUGCGUGUACAUGCAUGCAUGUGUGUGUGUGUGUGUGUGUGUGUGUGUGUGUGUGUGUGUGUGUUUAAUGUGAUUCCCCCUGACUGCAGCAAAUCGUUUGGUAAUCCUAUUUCAUUCAUUUGUUAUGAAAUGUUCUGUUGCCCUUGCCAUUUCAUUUAAAAUUUAUACCGCUAGUUCCGCGAUAGGGGAUGACUAACGUAAUUGCGAAAAUAACGUUAUUUACCUUAGAUAAACAUUGGAUCGUGUGCCCCCCCCCAGCGGUUGUGACCCUGAACAACCGCAUACAGCGUUUAUGCCACGGGCCGGCCCUGGAAAUGCCUUAUAAACGCAAAACUGGAUCUCAGAAAAGAAAAAAUCGAUGGCUUUAAAAAAAAGGCAGUCACAACUCAACCAUGGCAAAAAGUCUGACCACGACUAGCCUUCAUUAGGAAUUGCAUUAGUGUUGCUAUGAAAUUAGUGGUGGUCGAAGAACUCGGAAAGCCACGCAUGACAGACGUAACCUGCAGAGCAAGUCCCACGAUGCAAGCGGCCUGUGACAAGGAUCAAGCUGUGUCUUGGAACAGAAGAAAAGGGUGAACAACGUUCCCCUUUUCCACUACAACUAUUAUAUACUAAAUAUUUUGUACAGGAAACCAGGAAGCAUUCCAACAACAGAACCAAUAUCAAGGACUCAAGUAAGGCUAUAACUCUGGGCAUAUAGCAUAAUUGGCGAUGGACUAAAUGUAACAACAUUUAUGAUUGAAUGUACACGACAGUGCUAAUGGUUAUUGUGUUUUAAUGAUUAAGGCCAUGGCAUAUAUAGACUGGGAAUCUUGCCAAAAUAAAUAUGGCGACAUAUUGGAGCUUUUCAAUGAGCAGUACCCAUCUGCUGAGGAUGCUGAGAAAUUGGGAAAGGACUACCCACACAGUAAGGAUGAUGUUACCAAGGCAAUUGUCACAACUAAGCUUAAGGCUGUUCGACUCAAGUAUAGGCACGCAGUGGACUCUGGAAGAAGUGGUCACGGCAGAGUUGUUUUGCUCUACUUUGCUCUGUUGCUCAGCAGUUCUGCUUCUUCCCCUGGCACUGCUCCUUCCCCUGGCACUUCCGAAAGUUUGGAAUCUGACACGCAAGAUGGAGGCUUGUUUACAGAGAUCCAAAAUUGCCGUGAUAUGCUCAACACAAUGUUGUCCACCUACAAACAAAAGCGACUGAAACUGAACCUUUACAAAUGUGAAGUGUCUCAGGAAAAUAUUUUUCGAAUGCUGCAUUUGUUAUUAUUCUUGUUCACAAUGAGAUUAAUGUGAAGAAAAACCUUUGUUAAAUUUAUUGGUGAAAAAAAUACAUCAACACAACAACAGAUGAAAUGACAUUCCUGUUAAACAGUGUGCACAAAAAGUGUCUCAGGAAAAUAUUUUUCUAAUGUUCUAUUUUUGAAAGACAUGCAUUUGUUGUUAUUCUUGUUCACAAUGAUAUUAAUGUGAAGAAAUGUUCUUGUUAAAAUUAAUUGGUCGGAAAAAUACAUAUAACGACAGAUGAAAUGUCAUUCUUGUUAAACCGUUUGCACAAAAAGUGUCUCAAGAAAAUAUUUUUCUAAUGUUCUAUUUUUGAAAUACAGAAAAAUAAAGUGAUGUCUGCUCACUGA